AUGUCAACAAAAAAAGAAUCAAGACCUUAUAUUCGAAAUGAACUAUUAACAGAACUGUUUGGUUCUAAACCUGAACAUGUACUGCAUGAUAUGUAUGAAUUAUCAAAUGCCUUGUCUUAUAAAGUAAUAGAGGGUAUCGCAGACAGACUUAUAUCUAUAUGCCCUGAAAAAAGAAGAGAAAUAGAACUCGCAUUAGAGAAAUAUGAAAUUGAUAUUGAAAAGAAGUUGGAUGGUGCAUUCAAUAUAUUACAACAGUAUAGUUCUCAAGUUGUCUGGAAGAUUUCUCCUCAGUUAGAUAUUCAGCUUGAACAUUAUAAAGAUGUAGCCAUGGAUACAGAUGCAGACAAGAUAGACGAUGAAUUGACAAGACUAAGAAAUGCAGUCAUUCAACAAAAGAAAUUACAUGCCAUAUUACAGUAUAAACAUCAUACAUUACAACAAGACAACCAAGAAUUAGACAACUAUUUACUAGCACUUUACUUUUUAACCGAGAUACCCAAGCAAGAAAAUGUAUCAAAUUCUACAAAAGACUUUCAGUUUAUUAAAGAUGAAUUGGAUUCCAUUGUUCCAGAUAUAGCAACACUUAUACAAGCACUUAAUAAGGAAAAAGCCAUGGGCAACACAAGUCAUUUAUCAGAGAUGGAACAAACAGAGCGAAUGCGUGCUAAAAUCGACGCCUUAUUAAAACGAGGAGAUAAAUAA